GACGCGCCACACAGCAAAGCUCGCUACGUCACACUUGCUAGUAUUAGCUUUAGCUCAAGCCACCGCCGUGUCAUUAAGGGACGACGACGACGACGACGAGUCGUAAACAGGGAGAGGUCGGUUCAUUUCGCGCCGUAUUUGGCUCGGAAAAGAGACCAAGAAGGAGGGUUUAAAAAAAGAAAGAAGGAAAGAAAGAAAAUUAUGACGGGGCUGCCGAGGGACGUCACAAGAUGGCUGCAGAGCCUCGAACUGACCGUUCAGCCAAUGAACGUACGCAGGGAUUUUUCCAGUGGCUACCAUGUGGCCGAGAUGUUUUGCCGUUAUUAUCCCAGGGAUUUCGAAAUGCAUGCCUACAGCAAGGGAACGUCAUUCUCUGCCAAGCAGGACAACUGGAACAAGAUACGUCGGACAGUGCAGAAGUUGCAUCUGCACCUGACGGAGAAGCUGGUCUACGGCACCAUGCACUGUAAACCGGGAGUGGCCGAGUUGUUGGUGCAGCAGGUGUACACCGUCCUGACCAAGCAGAGGCCUCGAACAGCUCAAACCCCAGAGUUGGAUUUCUCGGACCAGAAGUACCAGCAGCUCCUCCCCCCGGUGGCUCGCUCCACGGCCACCGCGGCCGUGAAGAGCAACCUGAGGAAGACGGAGAUCAUGGCCCUGCCCGACACCCUCACCAACGCGAGGAGGGCCGAGGCCAUCAUCUGCAAGCAACUGCAGGACAAGACUGCGGCGCGGACGGCGACUGACCGCGCAGGGCGCUCAAACGCGGUCAAGUCAAGACUCAAACAGAUGACCGGGAAACAUCAGAGCCGAGAUGAACAACAUUUGUCUGAGCUGUGCCUCCAGUCACCACUGAGUGGUGCUGUUGUCUCGUACAAGACCAUCAAAGUCAACCAGCCUGCCAGAAGACUUCCCCAAAGCUGUUAAAGCAGAUAUUCAUGCUU